AAUGGGAUAUUUAAGGAGUUAAAAUAUAAAACAUGCUAGUAGGAGUACAUGGGCAUCUGGUAAGUCUGGAAGGGGGGACGCAAUAAGAAAAAGUUUGGGAACCUCUGCUUUUGUGCAACUGAGUUUUUCAUUCUCUUUGACUUAGGCCUUGAGUCAGUUCCCUCAGUGUGAGUUCCCUGGGACCUGUUACCAUGGAGACUGAAAGUGAGCAGAACUCCUCCAGCUCCACCAAUGGGAGUUCAGGGUCUGGAGGAAGUACUCGCCCACAGAUUUCUCAGAUGUCUCUGUAUGAGCGACAGGCGGUCCAGGCCCUUCAGGCCCUGCAGAGACAACCCAAUGCAGCCCAGUACUUCCACCAGUUUAUGCUCCAGCAGCAGCUUAACACUGCCCAACUCCACAGCCUGGCUGCUGUCCAGCAGGCUACAAUUGCAGCUAGCAGACAGGCAAACUCCCCCAACACCAGCACCCCCCAACAGACCACCACCACCCAGGCCUCUAUCAAUCUAGCCACCACAUCAGCUGCCCAACUCAUCAGCCGCUCGCAGAGUGUGAGCUCCCCCAGCACCGCCACCUUGACGCAGUCUGUGCUCCUGGGGAAUGCCACCUCACCGCCUCUCAACCAAUCGCAGGCCCAGAUGUACCUCCGGCCGCAGCUGGGGAACCUGUUGCAGGUGAACCGGACCUUGGGCCGCAAUGUGCCUCUUACCUCCCAGCUCAUCCUGAUGCCUAACGGGGCUGUGGCUGCUGUCCAGCAGGAGGUGCCACCCGCUCAGUCUCCUGGGGUCCACACAGACACAGACCAGGUGCAGAAUUUGGCUGUGAGGAGCCAGCAGACCUCAGCCACUAAUGCCCAGCUUCAGGGCUCUGCUCAGAAGGCAGCCUUACAAGGAAACUCCCAGGCUUCGAGCCUACCACAGGCCACCAGUGCUGGCCAGACCUUGGCAGUAGCACAAGCCUCUUCCGGUAGUACAGGCCAGUCUCUCAACCUUAGUCAGGGGGCAGCAGGCAGUAACAGUGUCUCUGGGGGUAUGGUGGCAGGUGGCGGGAGCCAAGCCACUGCAGGUCUAGGCCAGGCAAACUCAGCUGGCCCUGCCAGCAGCUGCCAAAGGAAAGGUACUGGGGUGGUUCAGCCACUGCCAGUUGCAGCUGCCCAGGGAGUAACAGUGAGUCAGGGAAGCCAGACAGAGAUGGAGAACGCAGCAGCAGCAAAGAAAGCUGAAGCAGAUGGCAGCGGGCAGCAAACAGUGGGCAUGAACCUGACCAGGACAGCUACCCCAGCGCCCAGCCAGACCUUGAUCAGCUCCGCCACCUACACACAGAUCCAGCCCCACUCGCUGAUCCAGCAGCAACAGCAGAUUCACCUGCAGAAGCAAGUGGUGAUCCAGCAGCAGAUAGCCAUUCAUCACCAGCAGCAAUUCCAGCACCGCCAGUCCCAGCUCCUCCAUACCGCCACCCACCUCCAGCUGGCCCAGCAGCAGCAACAACAACAAACACCACCUCUAACCCAGCAGCAGCAACAGCAAAUGCCAUCCCUGCCACAGCAGGCUCUGCCAUCUCAAAGUCAGCAGCAGGCUCAGACCCUUGUGGUUCAGCCCAUGCUGCAGUCCCAGCCUCAGCCCAUACAGCUCCAGCAGGAUGUCUCAUGUCAGCAAGCUACCAAGUCGCCUGUUCCCAUUCAGUCCAAGCCCCCUGUGGCCCCCAUCAAACCUCCUCAGCUGGGGGCUGUCAAAAUGUCAGCAGCGCAGCAGCCCCCACCCCACAUCCCAGUGCAAGUAGUGGGGAGCCGCCAGCAGGGCUCAGCCCAAGCCCAGGCCUUGGGUUUAGCUCAGAUCACCACCGCAGUGCCUGCUCCCCGGGGGAUGCCAGCCGUUGUCCAGCCUGUUUCUCAAGCCCAUGCUGCUUCCCCAUCAUCCCAGGCAUCCGCUGUUACAGCUUCCACACAGGAAGCCCCUCCCCUCACUACUGGGGUCAACUUGGCUCAAGUUCAAGGCACGGCGCACAUGGUGAAGAACACAGCUUCACCGCCAGUCAUGGCUCAGGUGCCAGGAGCAUUCUACAUGCAGUCUGUCCAGUUGCCAGGCAAACCGCAAACCGUAGCAGUGAAGCGCAAGGCAGAUUCAGAGGAGGAGAAGGAGGAGUCACCCAGUGCCACUGCACUCUUGCCUGCCAAGUCCUCUCCUGUAGCAGACAGCCCAAAAAACAUAGAGGAGAAGAGUGGCCUUGGAGAGAAAUCUGAGCCUGCCCCCAGCGUAACCCCAAGCACCCCCUCCAGUGAAGCAGGGUCCAUUACCACCACCGCCUCUACUCCUGCCCCCAACUUGGCAAUGGUGACACGGCAGACAGGAGACUCCAAACCCCCACAAGCUAUUGUGAAGCCCCAAAUUCUAACACACAUCAUUGAAGGCUUUGUUAUUCAAGAAGGAGCGGAGCCGUUCCCGGUGGGCUGCUCUCAGAUCCUCAAAGAGUCUGAGAAGCCACUGCAAGCAGGUACACCCUUGGGGCAGAGUGAGAACCAGUCCAGCAACUCCCCAGGAGGAGACAGUGCAACUGCAGAGCUGGACAAGAAAACAAACCUACUGAAGUGUGAAUACUGUGGGAAUUAUGCCCCAGCCAGCCAGUUCCGUGGCUCCAAGAGGUUUUGCUCCAUGACUUGUGCAAAAAGGUACAAUGUUAGUUGCAGCCAUCAGUUUCGGAUGCAGAGGAAAAAGAUGAAGGAAUUCCAGGAAGCUAACUAUGCCCGUGUGCGUCGGCGUGGGCCUCGGCGCAGCAGCUCAGAGAUUGCUCGAGCCAAAAUCCAGGGCAAGCGGCACCGGGGCCAGGAAGACUCCAGUCGAGGCUCUGACAACUCCAGCUAUGAUGAGGCUUUGUCUCCAACAUCCCCUGGACCCCUGUCAGUGAGGGCCAGUCACGGAGACCGGGACCUUACCAACUCCAGCAUGGCCCCACCUACCCCUGACCUACAUGGCAUCAACCCAGUGUUCCUGUCCAGUAACCCCAGCCGCUGGAGCGUGGAGGAGGUGUAUGAGUUCAUCGCAUCCCUGCAGGGCUGCCAGGAGAUUGCAGAGGAGUUCCGCUCACAGGAGAUUGAUGGCCAGGCUCUGUUGCUGCUGAAGGAGGAGCACCUGAUGAGUGCCAUGAACAUCAAGCUGGGCCCUGCCCUCAAGAUUUGCGCCAAGAUCAAUGUCCUCAAAGAGACCUAAUGGCCUUGGUGCUUGAGGUCUCCCUUCUGCCUGGACCCCAGGGCACUCACUGGCCUUGGGGGCUACCUGCUGGGCAGUGGAGGGAGGGAACAGGGCCGUUGUCCUUGAUCUUGCAUAACAGAAGGUUGAGGGAGGACAUUUUUUAAGAGUGAAACUGCCACUUGGAAGCCCAGGUUUUGGCCUCUCAAUGGUGCUAUGUGGAGGAAGAAAAUUCCACCUGAGGCCUUGAAACUAUUCUUUCCUUCCAUGAGUGCAUCUCACUCAAUCUUAAGUAAUCCCUCUGCGAAGAACAGAAGGUGGAACUCCUAGGAAGGGAAUAAGGACCUCUUUCUGCCUUGUCAGAGGCUCUUGGGAGGUAUGGAGAUAUGCCAGCCCCUUCCUGCCACUGCGGGGCUGCUAGAUCCUCAGUUGUUUCAUCUGAACCUCUUGCCAUACCAGAACUUUGAUGCACAGAGUGGAGCUUGCCCCCAGCGCUGACACUGGGAGCAACCAUUUUUGUCUGGUGUGAAGUUUGGGGGGUGGGGCAAGUCACAGAUGUUACAGGGGUGGGUAGAUGGGUAAGAGCAGCAGGGCCACCUCCCAUUCUGCUCUUGAAAGUAUCUAGACUGUGGUCCCAAGCAGGGUUUGUGCCUGUUUCGGUAUAAGAACCAAAUCUUGGAGGCCCAGAGCACUAGGAGCUGCCUUAGCUUUACUGUUUCUGUCAGUGAUAUGGUGUGAAGGCUGUACGUACUGCGGUGUCAUUUUGCCCCAAAACGGCCAGUAGAAAGGGUUUAAUCUGAGCACUUCUGAGCAGGCGUUCAUUUGGGAACCCUGCAGCACCUCUCUCUGGGGCUGGGGCACCGCUUACGGAUCCAAAGCAGGAGUUUUCAAAAGUGGAGAGGCUCCACAUUAGUAUGAGCUGGCUUUAUUUUAUUUUUUUAAGUGUUCUCUUUUCAGUUUGUAUUAUUUUGUCUCUCUUCUGUGCUGUCCACAGGAGAGCUACUGGGAUAAAUUUUCAGCAGGCAGGGUUGUACUACCUGCCUCGGGCCUCUUAUUUUUGGCUGUAAAACAAGUAUUUCUCUUCCUGAGUAAAAAGAAUGCUUCAAAGACUGA